AUGAAUACUUCACCAAUUCUAAGUACUGAGGAUUAUUUCGCUGAAAACUUCUUUUCUGAAUUCAUCAAUAUAAACAAUGAACCAUUGAUAUCAAAUGAGGCUUUAUAUUUGACAGAAAUUAUUGAACCGAAAUUGAGGCCAAUUGAUUUGACAGAAAUUAUUGAACUUGAGCCGGAAUCAAUUGAAGAAAUGGAAGAUCAAGGUGUUGACAAAGAUAUUUCAUAUCCUAUUGCAUUGGAGAUGGUUUUUACAAAUUGGAAUGAGCUAGAUGGACUUAUACCUGAAAUGUGUAAUGAAAUAAAAAUGCUUGCAUCAAGUGGAGUACAUGCUGAAGCAAUUAUUGAAGUCUUGCAAAAAAAGAACUCAGGAAAAUAUAUUCAUGCUCACAAUGUAUAUAAUGUAAUUCAAAUGUCACAUGAUCACGAUAACACAGUAACAUUGUGUUUUACACAUUGUGCAUUUAAUGCAGGUGUGCAAAGCACACAACGAUUUGAAUCAUAUAAUGCAAUAAUCAAAAAACAAGCAAACGGGUUGUCAAGUCUUUUGGAAUUGGUGUAUAAUGUUGAAAGAUUAUUGGAUAAAGAAAGUUACUUUGUGCGUUUUAAUGAAAUUAUUGAUCAACUUCCUAUAAAUAGAGAAGAAA